CCCCAAUCUUCUCUUCCCAGGAUGUGGCCAGGUUCUGCGAGCCUCCAAGGGUCAGAUUUUGUUGGAGAGCUACCCUCUAAAUGCUCAUUGCGAAUGGACCAUUCAUGCCAAGCCUGGGUUCAUCAUCCAGCUAAGGUUCGUCAUGCUGAGCCUGGAGUUCGACUACAUGUGCCAGUAUGACUAUGUGGAGAUCCGUGAUGGGGACAGCAGCAGCGACCAGAUCAUCAAGCGCUUCUGCGGCAAUGAGCGGCCAGCUCCCAUCCGGAGCACGGACUCUUCACUCCAUAUCCUCUUCCAUUCAGAUGGCUCCAAGAAUUUCGAUGGCUUCCAUGCCAUCUUUGAGGAGAUCACAGCGUGUUCCUCUUCUCCCUGUUUCCAUGAUGGCACUUGCCUCCUUGACAAAACCGGAUCUUACAAAUGCGCCUGCCUGGCAGGCUACACCGGGCAGCGCUGUGAAAACUACCUUCUGGACCUGGUCACCUCACCUACCUUCUGUCCAGCAUGGAUCUUCGUGUACCAGUCAGGGGAGAGAAAGAUGUAACUUUAUUUGCUUUAA